CAAAAAAAUCGGUUAGAGUAUGACGCACUCAGAAAGCUUCGUCUUACAGCGCAUGCGUUAAAGUAUCCCACACGCUUUGGAAGAAUGUAGAUCUUGUUUACCAAAUAGAUCUACCAAAUAGUAGAGUUCGAGCACGCGCACAGACUUCCCCAAUUGCCAGUUGACGUGAACUUACUCCGACCGUUUCGGUCGUCUGCUACCGUUCAGAAAAGAAAGCUGAAAACAAAACCGAUCAUAACCAAAUCACCGGUUAUAGUUUGUUGAUAUGGAGAGAAAAGCGCUUGAAAUGGGAACUCUUAAAAUUAAAUUGUAAUUUUGAAAAUCAUUACACCUGGAAUUGUUCAUAUUCUAUACAUCUAAAAAAAAAUUCUCUGUACUGUAAAAUUUGAGGUUAUUUGGAAUUGAUACAGUAUGGACUUUAAUGACAUUUUUGGACCCAGCUCAAGCCACCUGUGCCGUGAACGCCAGUUUACGUCUGACCCUGGAAAUUUGGAUCUCCCUACACCACAUGUCUUUUUAGAUGAUACAAGUAUUAGUGAUGCUAAUUUUUCAUUACCUGGACCAUCUAAAAAUGUUAUUUUUACUGAUAGUGAUCUGUCAUCAGAUGAUGAAGAUCUCAACUUAGAUAUUGUUGACUUAUCAUUGCCUGCUCGUGCAGCAGAACAGGCUGAACAUCUUGUUCGUAAAGUCUUAGAAGAAGCAGAACAGGCAGAGCAUUUAGUCAGAAAAGUUUGGGAAGAAGCUUGGAAAGUGUGCCAUUUUAGCUCUCUGCCAAAAUGGCUUCAAGAUAAUGACUUUUUACAUAGAGGUCACAGGCCACCUCUUCCUUCUUUUAAUGCUUGUUUUCGAUCCAUAUUUCGAAUCCAUACAGAAACUGGCAAUAUCUGGACUCAUCUUCUUGGUUGCAUAUCAUUUAUUGGAAUUGCUUUCUAUUUUCUUACUCGUCCUUCUAAUCAAAUUCAGUGGCAAGAAAAAAUAGUAUUUGCAACAUUUUUUGCUGGUGCAAUAGCUUGUUUAGGGAUGUCAUUUACAUUUCAUACUGUUCAUUGUCACUCAGAAAAAGUUGGGAAACUUUUUAGCAAGUUAGACUAUUGUGGAAUAGCCUUCUUAAUUAUAGGAUCAUUUGUACCCUGGCUUUAUUAUGGAUUCUAUUGUAAUUUUCAGCCUAAAUUGAUUUAUUUGGUACUUGUAAUAGUACUAGGUACUGCUGCGAUCAUUGUUUCCUUGUGGGAUAAAUUUAGUGAGCCCAGAUUUCGAUCAGUCAGAGCUGGUGUUUUUAUGGGUUUUGGAUUAAGUGGUGUUGUACCAGCUGUUCACUAUUUAAUUGCUGAAGGCUGGUUUAGAGCAGUAUAUCAAGCAUCUUUUGGAUGGCUGUGUCUUAUGGGUAUGCUAUAUAUUGCAGGGGCUUUAUGCUAUGCAUUACGUAUCCCGGAAAGAUUUUUUCCUGGCAGAUGUGACAUCUGGUUUCACAGCCAUCAAAUAUUUCAUAUACUAGUCAUUGCAGCAGCUUGUGUACACUAUCAUGGAAUUACAGAAAUGGCCAUGUAUCGCUUGACAAUGGGAGACUGUGCAGAAAAACCACCAGAUUAUUUUCCUCCUUAGUGAUGUUAGUAAUGGCUUUCGUUGUUGAAAAAUAUUUUUGUAAAUUUGUUUUGUUUAAUAUUGUAAAUUUUUUUUUAAGUCUUCAUUUGUUAUCCCACACAUUCCAUGUUAUUUUUUGUUGAUCCAUACCAAAUUGUUGAGUUAUUUUAUGUACAUGAAUCUCAUGAAAUUUGUAGAAGCUGUGAUCGAAACAUGUAGCUUGUCAUGUUUCUGCCUUAUUGAAAAAUUUAUUAGAGAAUAUUAUGAUAUUUAUAAUAAUCAUAUUUAAAGAGUGCAGUUGUAUGUUUCUAAAAAUUUGUAAGUUGAAUCAAUCAAAUUAUCCAAAUACAUUAGCAAUAAACUAUUAUUGAAGCAUGCAA